AUGAAAUUCUCCUCAGUCAUUCUCACCGUCUUUGCCCUGGUCUCCACCGGCCUGGCUGACAAGUCUUGCACCCCAAGCUUUGAUUAUUGCUCCGAUAUUCUGAUCCAGUCCAAGGGCUUCACGGAAGCGGAUCUGAAGGAUGUCCUGAAGGGAACUGAUCUCGAAAACGAAGACUUGAACAAUGUUUUGUUCCAUUGCACGAACCCCGGCAUCGUUGGCCACCCCAAGCUUUGCUCGAGUGGGUGCAAGGACUCUGCGACGGAGGGAAGCCACCAGUGUGACGGGGUGUAA